GACUUCCGGGCCGCACUGCCGGGACGUUCCGUGCGGAGCAAGAGCACUUGCGGGGGCGGCCGGGAGUCGUAGUCCGGCACGCGGCGGCCGCCGGGAGCUGUAGUCCGUCCUGCCUGCCCAGUCAGCGCCGUGCUGCCCGCCCCACGCUCGGAGCCCAGAGCCGCCGCCCAGGGGGAUGCGGGAGCCCCUGGUUCCGGCGAGGAGAGAGGCAGGCGGGCAGGAGCCGAGGGCGGCAUGUCCCAGGGUCCGGGAGCACAGCCGAGCCCGGCCUCUGUGUACCAUGAGCGGCAGCGCCUGGAGCUGUGUGCCAUCCACGCCCUCAACAACGUCCUCCAGCAGCAGCUCUUUAGCCAGGAGGCUGCCGAUGAGAUCUGCAAGAGGUUGGCCCCCGACUCCCGGCUGAAUCCCCAUCGCAGCUUCCUGGGCACCGGCAACUAUGACGUCAACGUGAUUAUGGCUGCCCUGCAGGGACUGGGCCUGGCCGCUGUGUGGUGGGACAGAAGGAGGCCCCUGUCCCAGCUGGCCCUGCCCCAGGUGUUGGGGCUGAUCCUGAACCUGCCCUCACCUGUGUCGCUGGGGCUGCUGUCCCUGCCCCUGCGCCGGCGGCACUGGGUGGCCCUGCGCCAGGUGGACGGCGUCUACUACAACCUGGACUCCAAGCUGCGGGCACCCGAGGCCCUGGGGGAUGAGGACGGCGUCAGGGCCUUCCUGGCAGCUGCCCUGGCUCAGGGCCUGUGUGAGAUGCUGCUGGUGGUGACCAGGGAGGUGGAGGAAAAGGGCUGCUGGCUUCGCACAGACUGACCCCGUGGAGGACGGAACCACUGCGGUCCACCCAGCAUGCCCCUGUGCAUCCGUGUCCAGCUCCUAUGCCGAAGGAAAAGGCCAGCACUCCAUGGACCCUGCAGAGGCCCCUCCCCCUUCCCCCCACCGCUGCUCCCCAAUGCCGUUGCUGCCUCAAUAAACCUCAGAUUUGCUCCAGGCCUGGCCUGAGUCUGA